CACUAUCGAUAUGUUGUUCUACAUGAUCGAUUGUGGUCUUUGGCUAGCAUCUUGUAAUUUACACCCAAAGCCUGUUGGUGGCAGCAUCGCGCUUGUUUAAGCUUUUGCAAUCCACACGAAGGAGGAAUGUACCAACGUCGUCCGCAUUAGCAUUUUAACUUUCUUUUUGUUUUUAAAUCUUGUUUGGCAAUUUCUCAAAAUUUUAAUUGACCAUGUCUCAUAACUAACGGUGUAUACUAUCACAAGUGACGACACAUUGCGUUAUUAAGAGGUAUAAUUACUUCACGGAAUCUUAACAGGAUUGGUAGCAUCUUCUAAUCGAACAGCAGAAGACAGCCGGAGAAGUGACGUCACAAUGGCCAAUUAGCCCUUGCGUUUUAUUUUGAGUUUUUUCAAGUUUACAGUGAGUGGAAGUUUUGAUACCUUUUUUGUUUUUAAGCUCUUCUAGCCGGUUUUGUAUCAUUUCAAGUCCUUCCAACACGACGCAAGUUGGAAAAACUAAACCUGCAGGAGCCCAAAAUAAGAUUCUUACUCCCCGAGCUUGAAAAGUCAAUCUCCAAGGACGAAGAUAAGCACCACCGUGAAGACGGCGUGAUCCUCUCGGGCCCUCCGUCUCAUCUGCGUGAGAAGGAGCGCCGCCGCGCGCCGGAGGAUGACGGGCAAAACGGCGACGAGCAACGUGACCAACAAGAAUGACCCCCGCUCGCUCAACUCGCGCGUCUUCAUCGGCAACCUCAACACGGCCAUCGUCAAGAAGACGGACAUCGAGGCCAUCUUCGCCAAGUACGGCAAGAUCGUGGGCUGCUCCGUGCACAAGGGCUACGCCUUCGUGCAGUACGUCCACGAGCGCAACGCCCGGGCGGCCGUGGUGGGCGAGAACGCCCGGCCGGUCGCCGGACAGCCUCUGGACAUAAACAUGGCGGGCGAGCCCAAACCGUACAGGCCCAAAGUCUCCAAGAGGCCCCUCUCGGCGCUCUACAGCGGUUACGAGUUUGACUACGAGUACUACAGAGACGACUUCUACACCAGGCUUUUCGACUACCACGGCCGCGCGGCGGUGGCGGCGGUCCCCCCGAAGCGCUCCAGGAUGCCGGCGGCCCCGUGCCGCCGCCUCAAGACGUCUUUCGCCGCCAAGACGUCGUCCUCCUCCUCCAGACCUUCCGCCGCCUCCUCGUCCGGCUCAGGCUCCAAACCGGUGAAGACGGAGCAGCUGCAGACCAUCAAGAGGGAGCUGACCCAGAUCAAGGCCAAGAUCGACUCGCUGCUGGGACGCCUGGACGAGAUCCAGCAGCGAGCACAGUCCGAGGCUCAGAGGAUCUACGAGGACAACCGCGGCUCGCUGCACGACGAGUCCGCGUCGGACAACUCCGAAGAGGAGGGCGGCGACGGCGCGCCGACGACCGGCGACAUGAGCGACGGCGGCGACGAGGAGGAGGAGGAGGAGGAAGACGAGGAGGGUCCCCAUCAUCUGAUGGAGAACCAUGUGUCCGACGUCGACAACUGAGGACCGGGUCGACGACGACGACGAGGAGGAGGCGGAGGAAUUCUUCGGCCUGCGUUCCCGCCCGCCGGGUCCGGACUGGAAGAGGAGCUGGAGGAAAACGGGAUGUACAGGAUGGAAACAAAACAGGGGUCGAGUUGCCGUGGCGC